CCAUCCACGUCGCAUCAACCAUCCGUGUCGUCGAGUCCAUCCAUGGCGCCCAGUGUCUCUUCGUACCCAACCAUUGGCGGCAGCAGCUUGAAUGAGGUGAUUGCUUGCAUUGCCGUUAUUGACGAAUCGGCACCUGGCCCCGGUAUCGUGACUCGAGCAACCAUGGAGGGCAACUGGACCGAGUUCCGCACCCGCUUCCCCAACCGUCCUUUCUGCUUGCUGCAGCCCAAACGAUUCCAAAGUCACAAUCUGCUGAUUCCUGCCGCGUUUGAUGGAAUCCAUGUCCGAGUCGACCGUGACCACGGAGAUCCAGCCUUGGCGGUGGAUUGGUUCCAAAUCUGCGACUUGGAGGGGAUGCGUCAGCAAGGUAUUGGCGCCGUAUCUCUGUUUUUGGACGAGACGGACAGUCUCAGCAAUGAUGUGGUGGAAUCCAUGAAACUUUUUCUAAAACGCGUGUCCGGAGCGGGUAUGAAGAUGCGAGAUCCCAUUAUCAACACGCACGAGGACUGGAUCUCGCCGUUCCUGACCGACUUUGGACUCAUUCCUUCUUCUGCACCAUCGGAUGCCCCAUCGGCGGCACCCACGGCCGCCUAG